CCACAGUGUGAGUGACAGGCUGAGCUGUGCUGCAUGCGUCAGGUAUGUUAACGCCUUCAUCUGAGGCAACAGCACCGUUCCACCGGUAACACCCACAAGUCAAACUGAUCGUUCCUACACCACGAGGAUUCCGUUUACUUCUGAACUUGGACGCGCUCUCACGGUAAACGAAAAGCCAAUAGGGGCUCAGAGAGAGACCAGAGAGACAUUCCCCCCCCUUCACUGAUACAGCUGACAGAACUACCGGGGGACAAAGUGAACAUACGCUGGGAGACUAUUUCACUAGACGAACAGCCUGAAAGAGGUUCAACAACAUCUGGAGCACCUGAGCUGAGUGACUUGGAGGGCCAGAGAAAAGUGGUUGAGACGCUCCUGAACUGCGCUGAGUGACUUGGAGGGCCAGAGAAAAGUGGUUGAGACGCUCCUGAACUGCGCUGAGUGACUUGGAGGGCCAGAGAAACGAAGUUGAGACAACAGAGAGGCCCAAAACGUAGAGGCUUGUACUUGGUUGCUGCUUACCUGGUGGGAGCUGCAGAUAGCAGGGACAGACAGGCUGAGGUUUCAGGAGCAGGUCCUCUAUAGGACAUACUGAGAGGAGACUACAAGACUUCUCCUACAGGGUCACCCACCACAACAUGCAAGGGAAAAGUGAACCCGAACACCAAGACAAUAAUAUGGAAUCACACUUUGAUCCCAACAAGCAGCCUGAAAGUCCCCCGUCUGAGAACGAGCCCUCCAAUCCAGUCAAAGUCCGCCAGAACCCCAAAUAUCAGCUGUUUCUGGAUGGAGACAUGAUUGGGAACGGAUCCAGGGAUACAAAUGGAACGUCUGGGAGAGAGAACGGGAACGGGAGAGAACCCAAGAACAGUUCCCGUUGGGACAGCGCUAGCUCCAGAUUCGUGCCAAACUUCCGCGGGUCCUUGGAGUCUCUUGCCUCUCGGGACUGGGACACCAUGUCGGACAGGGUGGGAGGUUUUGAGAGUCCACCCAGGGUGUUCAACAGUCCCUACGCUACAGCGGCUUCCACGGAGUACACCCCUGGCAUGAACCGGAUGUCAGAGCAAAAGAUGCAGGAGGUGAUGUCCCCAGCCACAUCAGAGCUGAACCUGUUCAACAGCUACAACAGCAGAAGUAGCAGCCCUGUGCUCUCCUUCACCUCGGCUGCGACCUCCUCACGUGCACGCUUCUCAACCUUCGACUCUCUCAGGAGGCGGGACCAGCCGGUGAUGCCAAGCCAACUCCCCAUACGGUCCACAGUGUCGCCUGUUGCUAUGCCCAACAAGAGAGACUACAUCGAGGAGCUGACCAGACAGAUGGAUGCCUGUCAGAAGAGGAACCAGUUUCUGGAGGCGGAGAGCAUAGAGAUGGACAAGGAGAGGAACCAGAUCAGGUUGGAGAUGAGAGGCCUGUUGGUGAACAACGAGGACCUUCACAGAACCAACAGUACCCUGCAGACGGAGAUGAACAGGAUGAGGGUGAGGAUGGUAGAGUUGGAGAGAGACAACACGGCCAUGACGGAACGCUUCAAAGUUAUGGAGACGGAGCUGACCGAGGCCAGGGCCCAGAUGGUGGAGGCCAACACUCAGGAAUAUGCCUUCAACUUCCUGCAGCAGUCUCUGAAGAAUAAGAUACAGGUCGCUGAGGAGGCGCUAGAGAAGCAGACGCUCCAUGCCCAGGGGCUGUCAGAGAAGCUGUGGCUGUCUGAGAGACAGUUGGAGGAUCUAGAGGUGGACAAGGAGACACGGGACAAGAAGAGAUCAGAGCUCAGCGACACUGUCUUCAGACUGGAGACUGAGCUAGAAGAGGCUCUGCAGAAAGCCACCCAGGCGACAGCAGAGCUCAGUGUGCAGCAGAAGCUACGAGAUGACGCCUUGCUGAGGGUAGAGGACAUGGAGGAGAGUUUACUGGAGAAGAGUCAGGAGCUGCAGAUAGCCCAACAGACUCUCAGCCGCCUACAGGGACAGGUCUCAGAUAAGCUGAUAGAUAAGGAGCGUUCCCUGGAGGAGGAGAUCCAGCUGAGAGAGAAAGUUCAGCUGCAGUGGAAGCAGGCAGAGAGGAGCGUAGAGGACCUGACGAUGGAGCUACAGACUGCUGCACAGACCAAGGAAGACCUGGUCAAGCAACUCAAACAGGCUCAGGAGAAACUGUUAGAUCUUGAGAACGACCUGGAGGAGAUGCAGGACAGUGAACAGAGAUGGGCCAGCAAGCACAAGAGAGCCAUCGAACAGACGGAACAGCUCCAGCUGAAGUUGAUCCAGCAGAAAGAUGUGAACGAGCAACUGGACAGUGAGAAAAGCACCCUGGAGAGACAGCUGCGUGACCUGCGUGUGGAGGUGGAGGAUCUCCAACACAACAGAGUUCAUGAGGAUGUGAUCGCUAAGACGGAGAGCCGGGCCAAGGAGCUGGAGAACGCUCUGAGGGUGGAGGAGAGGAACAAAGUGGUGAUGAGCAAUACCAUCAGUAAACUGGAAAGGAAGAACACCGAACUAUCUGACCAGCUAGAGGAGGAACAUAAGAUGGCCAAGGAGCAGAAGGACCUGAUGUCCCAGAGGAUCCGUUCCCUGAAGCGUCAGCUGAGCGAAGCAGAGGAGGGGGCCAGUCGUAGAGAGGCUCAAUACCGCCUCACCCAGAGAGAACUGGCAGAGGAGAGAGAGGCCACUACUAAACUACAGAAACAGCUCCUGGACCAGAACCUCCAACUCAAACGUAUGGAGGCCACCAUGACGAUGAGACAGACUCUGGAAGAUCUACGUCUGGAUCUUAGUGUGGAUGAGGAGGACCAGACCCCUCCGGUACCCACAUCCUCCAAGGCCUGAGACACCCUUCCUGGGACAGUAUUACAGCAUAGCACCCCCCCUCGAUGGACCAGCCGUACUAGCCUUACUCAUAACGCCUUUGGCCUAGAUUCAAUCCGGACUGCGGAAGAUCCAUGUCAUAGCGCGAUUGACAUUUAUAGCUAAUUUCCCAUUGAGCCGGCACAUAUGCGGCAUUCAACGUGAAUGUGGGUUUCAGCGAAUGGUGGGAACAUUGCCUUUAUAAACGUGCAUAAAUGGGACAAAAUGGGAUGGGAUUGAAUCUAGGCCAUUAUUGAUAAAGGCACCAUUCAUACCACUAAUACAGGACCUACAGGGAACGUACAACAGCAUCCCGUCAGCCAAUCAAAUCACCACCCGCAGGUUUGAUUUUCAGGUUCAAAAACUUACGUAGCAUCUGAUAAAAAAAAAAAGGGGUAUUGAAAAUGUGUUGAAAAUGUAUUGAAAUUGGUAUUGAAAAUGUAAACCAGUGUGUCUUUAUUUCUUGUCUUCCAUCAGGCUGCGUUUCCCAAACUCGGUCCUGGGGACCCCAAAGGGGUGCACAUUUCGGUUUCUAACACCACACAGCUGGUUCAAAUGAUCAAAGCUUUAAUCAGCUGUGUAUUGCGACCCCUUUGGGGUCCCGAGGUCCGAGUUUGGGAAACGCAGCCAUAAAGGGAGUUUAUUUGGUAAACUCCUGGACAAGAUUUUUAGAAUGUAAGUAAGUUAAAAUCCUAUGGGCUUGUAUUUUUACUGAUUCAUUACUAGUGCCUUUAAAAGAGAUAAUCGAUUGGAAAAUAAAAUUAAAAAAAAAACAUUUUAUUGAAUCAAUUGUACCAAAUAUGACUAACAAUAAAAAUAGACAUAGGAUUUGGGGAUUAUGUAAUGUUGGGGAUUUGGGCAAUAUUGUCUGCAAAUUACCAAAGCAAAUCGUAGUUUAAUAGUUUGUUAGAAGCAUUAUACAUUAAUUUUCACUUAUCUUUUAUCUGCAUGGUAUUGGGAUUACUGUGCUGCACUGUAGACUUCGGGGAAAAAGGGAGCUGUAUUUUUUUUAAAUAUAUAUAUAUAAAUUAAAAAGCUUUAUUUUUACACCCAUUCAGCAGAAUGUGGAAGUAUCUUCUUGAAGGACAGACAGCCUGAAUCAGUGAAGCCGGUGGGACCAUUUAACAGUAUAAUGCACUGUUUACAACACUUGUUACUUCAAUCCUGAGCAGAACCUGGGUGAGCAAAACCUGGGUGAGCAAAACCUGGGUGAGCAAAACCUGGGUGAGCAGAACCUGGGUGAGCAGAACCUGGGUGAGCAGAACCUGGGUGAGCAAAACCUGGGUGAGCAGAACCUGGGUGAGCAGAACCUGGGUGAGCAGAACCUGGGUGAGCAGAACCUGGGAGUGAGUGAGGACCCAAGACAAACGUCUCACAGAAGAGGAAAGAGACCAUGUUAUUCUCGGGUUGGGGAAUGUAUUCUGUCUGCACGGUGGAAAGCUGCUGGAUAUGCAUCUUACCUGAUGGAACUGAAUGACUUGCUGUCCUGCUGUUUACAUGAUAGAACAUGGAGACCAGCGACUCUGUACUCUGCUGGCAUAACUCUAAGUUAAACAUGCAUUAGACAGGACAGGACAGGACAAGACAGGACAGGACAGGUGGAUUACUAAAGUCACUCUGUACUCAGGCUCCUCCAUCACUGAGGUGGAAUCACUAACAGUCACUCUGUACUCAGGCUCCACCAUCACUGAGGUGGAAUCACUAACAGUCACUCUGUACUCAGGCUCCACCAUCACUGAGGUGGAAUCACUAACAGUCACUCUGUACUCAGGCUCCUCCAUCACUGAGGUGGAAUCACUAACAGUCACUCUGUACUCAGGCUCCUCCAUCACUGAGGUGGAAUCACUAAAGUCACUCUGUACUCAGGCUCCUCCAUCACUGAGGUGGAAUCACUAACAGUCACUCUGUACUCAGGCUCCUCCAUCACUGAGGUGGAAUCACUAACAGUCACUCUGUACUCAGGCUCCUCCAUCACUGAGGUGGAAUCACUAACAGUCACUGUGUACUCAGGCUCCUCCAUCACUGAGGUGGAAUCACUAACAGUCACUCUGUACUCAGGCUCCACCAUCACUGAGGUGGAAUCACUAACAGUCACUGUGUACUCAGGCUCCUCCAUCACUGAGGUGGAAUCACUAACAGUCACUCUGUACUCAGGCUCCUCCAUCACUGAGGUGGAAUCACUAACAGUCACUCUGUACUCAGGCUCCUCCAUCACUGAGCAGGUAGGGGCGAGGUUCCCGUGUGUAUUGUGAUGGGAUUUGAUAUUGUGAUAUAAGACGUUGCCAUUUUCUGGGUGUUUUGUCUGGUUGUGUUAUUAGCUGUUUUUAUUUGAUGCAGUUAAGCUACAGCCUUUACAUUUCUAUGGUAAGACCUCUACUCUACUGGUCACUGUCAAGGGAAACAUACAGUACUUCGCUUGGCCAAAUGUUCCUUUGCCUUUCUUCACAUGCUGGCAAGACCAAAAAAAGGGACGCAGUGUCAUUGAGAGCCUGUUUUUUUUGUUGCUAUAAACUACUAUAGGCCUAAUAUAUUAAAACGAUAAGAGAGCAAUAGUAAUGGCGUCUUUUUGUAAGCGCUAAAGGAGGCUAACUCCAGCUUGGCUUGUUGACAAAUCGUUUUUUUUGUUGUUGUUGUUGUAGGGUUUUUGGAUAUUAAACGGUAAAAAUAAGGCCUGUGGUAAACACAGACUUCAGGCAAUUUUAUACAUUUUGUUCUAUGAGAUAAUCUUAACAAUAACACUUGGCUCCUAACACUUAGCUGUUGUCAUUCCAUUUCUGAAUAGUUAUCGACUCUUUAGCAAAGGACUCAUUUUGAGCACAUAAUUCAUAAAGUUGAUGUUAACUGACUGAGCCUGGUGUUAACCUCAAACCUUAUAUCCUGUUUAUUUCACCCAUAGGAAUGUCUGCACGAACCAGGUGUAGAAAAUGCUAACUCAUUCUGUUUUUUUUAGGACUUCAAGCUAGCGAGUACUAUAAGUGAUAUUACUUCAUGUGAAGUCACGUGAAGUCACGUGAAGUCUGAAGUCACGUGAAGUAAUAUCACUUAUAGUACUCGCUAGCUUGAAGUCAUAAAAAAACCCGGAAUGUGUUAGCAUUUUCUACACCUGGUUUGUGCAGACAUUCAGACUUCACGUGACUUCAGACUUCACGUGACUUCACGUGACUUCAGACUUCAUGUGACUUCAGACUUCACGUGAUUUCAGACUUCACGUGACUUCAGACUUCACGUGACUUCAGACUUCACGUGACUUCACGUGACUUCAGACUUCACGUGACUUCACGUGACUUCAGACUUCACGUGACUUCACGUGACUUCAGACUUCACGUGACUUCAGACUUCACGUGACUUCACGUGACUUCAGACUUCACGUGACUUCAGACUUCACGUGACUUCACGUGACUUCAGACUUCACGUGACUUCACGUGACUUCAGACUUCACGUGACUUCAGACUUCACGUGACUUCACGUGACUUCAGACUUCACGUGACUUCAGACUUCACGUGACUUCAGACUUCACGUGACUUCAGACUUCACGUGACUUCAGACUUCACGUGACUUCAGACUUCACAUGCUAAAGGUGCUGGUAUUUAUUCUUCCUUUUCUGAUGUUUUUAUCUGCCUACAACUAUGAAUGUUAAUAUUAAAUACUUUUUGUUAAUGUUUCUGUGUUCCUUUCUUUGAUAUAUUUUCAGUCCAUCAAAUAUAUAAUAUAUUUUUUACACUUUGUUAUGUGACGGAGGUCUGCGAUAAUCCAAAAUUAGUGUACUUCAUAUCAUAGGUGUAUGUUUUGGUUGUAAUUGAUGAUUGGACCAGCUUAUUUUAAUGUUGACUACACUGCGCUAAGGUCAAUGUGCUAUUGUUCAAAUCUCUGACAUGAAUAACUACUUCCUGGAAGUUUAUUUACAUGUUCUAAUUGGUAAUAAAAGCAGACAGACGUUG